GAUUUUGAUAUAUGGCUCUCUGCACACAACUUUUCCCUCUCUUUCAUUACAGUUCACGCCUCUCUUGUCUCAUUAUAUCCAAAUAAAUGAAAAAAAUUAAACAUGAAAACACAGAGAGAGAAGCGAAACCGAAACGGUCUGGAUCAAUGGCUACCGCCGCCGCGAAAUCAACGCCGGCGAAGCGAAGAAGAAGAAUCGACGACGGAAAGCAAAUCGCCUUAAUCGACGGACUUCCCGACCACAUAUCGGAGCUCUGUCUUUCCCUCGUCCGCCGUCCGUCGCUACUCGCCGCCGUUUGUACACGGUGGCGCCGCCUCAUAUACUCUCCCGAGUUCCCACCGUUCUCGUCUCUCUACGCGCUUUUCGUCGCCUCGAGCUCGGCUCCGGCCCCGGGUUUCCGUCGCGCUAACUCAGCAAUCCGGUUUAUGUGUUUCGACCCGGUCUCUUCCAAAUGGGAUCCGCUUCCUCCUCCUCCACCUGAACUACCUCUUAACCGGAUCAUCUACCGUCAUCCGUCGUAUAUUUCAUUUAACUUACCGAUUCAGUGCGUUUCCGCCGCCGGAAAACUCGUGAUCAUCGCCGGGAGUAACCAAGAGCUCUCUCCGGCGAUCUCUCACCCUCUGAUUUUCGAUCCAAUCUCUUCUACAUGGACCUCCGGGCCACCAGUUGGAUCCCCGAGACGUUGGUGCGCAACCGGAGCUUGCGGCGGAGUUAUCUACAUCGCUAGUGGUAUGAGUUCGCAGUUCUCGCCAACCGUCGCGAAAUCGAUCGAGAAACUCGAUCUCACGGAUCAUAAUGGCGGGAACUGGGAGAAACUGAGAGAGAUGAGAGACUUACGGUUUAGCCGUGAAGACAUUGAGGCAGUUGGAUGGAGAAGGAAGCUUUUAAUGGUGAACGUAAAAGGCGACGCAGUUAAAGAAGGAGUUGUAUACGAUGUCGUUAACGACGAUUGGGAAGCCAUGCCGGAGGAAAUGGUGGCGGGAUGGAGAGGUCCGGUGGCGGCGAUGGAGGAGGAGACGCUUUAUUCAGUUGAUGAGAAGAAAGGAACAGUGAGAGUAUACGAUGAGGAGAAGAGAGAGUGGAGAGACGUGACGGUGGUGGAAGGUGGUGAAAAGUUACUUAAAGGAGCUCAGCAAGUUACGGCGGUGGCAGGGAAGCUUUGUGUUGUUACCGUCGGCGGAAGGAUUGUGAUGGUGGAUGUUAUGGCGGAGCCGGCGAGGAUUUGGACCGUGGAGAAACCUCAAGAGCUUGAACCGGUUUCGGUUUACGUAUUACCAAGAAUGAGCCGACCGGAUUUUAGCUGACGUAUGAUUUUUGGAAUAUACUAUAGUUUUGUUCUUUUUCUUCUAUACGGAACUCUUAUUUUUUUAAUUUGAUUAUUUCUCUUAUUUCUGCGAGAAAAGUGUGAUCUUGUCGUUAUUUUACCUUCAAGUCAAAUGCUUUUUUUUUU